UUUGAUCGGCGUCGUCUGAUGUAGAGGUUGACUUAGGCCAAGAAAAAUACCCCAUCACGUUGGUACUGCUGUAUUCAAGCUACUAUGGAGGCGCUUGAGGAUCUAAUAUAUGAGCAACCAUCGUACUCUGCAUGUAUUAUCCAUAUCACACGGUCGGGCAAUACGACGGUCUCGAUCUGAAGAGCAUUUGCCUUCUAGCUACAAAGCCGAAGAAGAUCUUAAUAUAAGGAGGAAUUUGGUGACAAUCAGGACAAUCCCGAGUUUUUGUCCAGUUGGGAAACUGACAGUGCAGUUUAUAAGCAAAGAACAGCAAGAAGCAAGAAAAAUUAUAGAAGAAUUUUCUGGGAAUCAAGAGAAACAAAUUAGAAGGAGGAACAGAAGCGAAGGAGAUUUGCAACUAACUGAGAAAGGGCAAACGGAUUCAUUAGAUACCGCAGCUGGUUCACAGCCUUGGUUAAAAAUCACAAUGUCCUUGGUACCGGCUGCAUCCCCCCUUACAACUGUCCAUGGUUUGGAAGAGGCUCGAGAUACCAUCAAGAAGCUCAACGAUAGCCUUCUGAAGGAGAAGAGGCUAUCAGAAACGAAGGACAUGACUAUUGAAAAUUUGCGACAUGAGAUAAAUCUCUUGGAUCAAGAACUUGUUGAUAAACGUAAAGAGAAUGACAAACACAACGAAGAAAUGCGGAAAUUACGAUCGAAAACAACUGCGCUAGAGACGGAGAAUAAAAUUCUGGAGAGGCAAGUGAAGAUGAUGAAUGAAUCGAAUAAACGACUUCAUAACGAGCUACACGAGUUACGAAACAAGCUUCGGAUUCAGGAAACCAAAGUCGGAGAGCUUCGGGUGCAGAGGUCGGAAGCCGUUCGGAAGUACGCUCAUCUUCUACAAACAAGCGUUGACAAAGGAACACGGCUACGAUAUUUUCUGCAGCAAUUGCAAAAUGAGAUUUUGGCUCACAGUGUAACCUCGAAGAAGUUUCAUGUGCAAAAACAAGUGCUGGAAGAUCUUAUGAAAGAAGACAGCGAAGAAGAUCUACGGUUCAAGAAGUACGGGUUAAUAUCACCGCAAAAGAUGAGAAGAGGCUCAUAUUUGUUGUCAGAGGAGGAAAAGCAAAUCCUGCGCAAAGACUUAGAGGUUGCUUUGGGAAGCAAAAAUAACAAAAGACCAGACAAAAGUAUCCCCAUUGAAAAGCUGACGACAGCUACUGAACGAAUUGUUACUGAGGGCUUAAAAUCUCGGCUGGGGAAAGACAACGAAGAAACCUCGCAAAUGUCGAAGUUGAUCGAGGAGGCGAAGUACCAGAUCAAAGGUUUGGACCGGAUAGAAUCUUCACAUGUGGAGACCUCCAAAAGGUUAGAGGACAAAGUUGGAACGCAAUUAAAAGUGCUGGAAGGCGAACUCAAAGAUUUGUCCAACGAGCUAAAAUUGGCGCAGAUCUCAAAGAGAGAAGACGAGGAAAAACUUAGAUCUAUCAGGAAAUUCUCCGUCGCAGAUAAAAAAGUUGACAGUAUCAUUCUAGCUCGAAGAACAUCCCAAAUUGAAAAGUUGGAGCUUGAAAGCGUGAUAAACAACAUGGAGAGAAGAAUGAGCGAAGACACUAGCACUCCUAUGUCACCGAGAGAGGCUGAAAUGUUGUCAAUGAAGCAUAAAAUGGCUGAAGUGCUGGAGGACAAGCUAAUGCUUUCAGAUGAGCUGAUUGAGUCUCGUACCAGUCUCUCUAAUUUGGAGAAUCUACUGGAAAGCAGGGGCCUGGAAAAUAAGAAAAUGGAGCAAGAACUCGAGGAAAAAGAACAGCGAAUUUCAGUGGUACAGGAACAUUUGAGGGAAGCAAGCAUUGAAACUUAUAAUCUUAAGGAAGAGCUAGAGGCCACAAAACAGGAGCUUUCGGCGAGAAGAAGAGAGGAAAUAGCACAACCGGAACUAAAAGCCAAAGAUCGACCUCACAGGGUUGAAUUAAAUUUUACACCUACCAGCCAGCCUGCAUUGGAACAAAAGGCAUGGAACGUAAAGAAGGAGUCAUCUAGAGUGAGAAGUAACAGCCCCUCCCUAGAACCAAGCACGGAAAGUUCUCCACUCAAACGAGAAGACGAAGAAGUACAAGUUGGUAACGAACCACCGAGUCCCAGACCACUUCAGAGAAUUCGAUCUGAGGAGGAUCUACGUAGAAGAACUUUAAGAAGGACGUUAUCCUUAGAUCCUAAAGGAUGGGAAAGUUCUCUGCAAGGUUUAGAAAGAAGAAGGUCAUUAGAUCCAACAGAUUUUCGAACUAAACAGGAGCGCAAAGUUACCACAACAAAGCUGAAGUUGGUACGGCGAGCAGAUAAAGCGAUUCAGGUAGAAAGUAGCGAACAACUUACCAAGGCGCCAGAAAAUUUCACAGAUUUUGAACGUACAAGAGAAGCCUUGAACAGAGACAACCAAGAACUUAGAGUGAUUCUCGGAAAGCAAGACGAAGAGAUCGCAAGCCUCGUAAAUGAGCUCGGAAAAAUACGAGGAGGAACGAAAGAUUCUGCCGAGAGUGGAGAAGACAGUAUGCCUUUUAACUAUCCCAAGAGAGUGUCUGAACUGUGGACGUCCCUUGAAGGGACUAGGAAGGAAAAAGAAGAAGGAGAAAAAAGGAACAAAGAGCUGCAAGAUGAGCUUGAAAGACAACAGCAAGAGAUACAAGCUAUCAUAAGGAAUUUGAAACGAGAGAACCCCCAGUUACCGUUUGAAGCUAGGGACAGUUUCAAAGCAAGCCUACAAACCGAGAGGAAAAAUUACUUUAAAAAGGGAAACCCAGAUUCUCAGCAAAGUCGUAGCUUACAAGAGUUUGUGAGUGAAAAUGAAACAAAAAACAUGAAACAUGAAUUCGUUUUCGACAACGAAGACGGCCGACGGAUUCCUAACGAGCUUCAGUUAGAGGUAUCAUCGUGGGAAGGCGACACGAUUUCGACCUUGGAGUCAUUUAUCAAUCUUAUGAAGAAAGAUCUGGCGACUUCUUUACAACAGAGUAAAGAAUUGGAAACAGAGCUCUAUAGAAAGGAAGAAGAUUUACGAAAAGCUAGAAAGGAGAUAGCGCUGCAUGAAGGUAAACCCCCUGAACUGACAGCUCGCUCAGAUGAAAGAGUCAAUGGGGAAGAUAGGGCUGCCAAAGAAGUUAUUACGUUACAAACUAAAGUCGCGGAACUGACUGCUUUGUUAGAAGAGACAAAGAAGGAAAAACUUAAAACAGAAGAAAAAUGCGAGAGGUUCACAUCACAAAUUUCAGAACUGAAUGCAGCAUUUGGUCAAAUAAGGGAAGAAAAUGCUCAUUUCGUAAAAAACAUUGAACAGUACAAAUCUCAAAUUAAUGACUUACAAAUUUCUCUUGAAGAUUCAAAGACACAUUUACUCAGAGCGGAGAAGGAGAUUCAAGGGUUCAAAUCUAAAAUAAUAGAUCUACAAAUUUCUCUGGAUGAAAUAAAGGCAGAAAAAGAUGAGGCGAAUGAAAUUAUUGAGCGAUCAAUAUCCAAAAUUCCAGAGUUAACGGCCUUGCUGGACAAUGCUAAUGAAGAACUCAGUACUGCUAAAAGGGCAAUAGAACUGUACCAAACUGAAAAUUUGGAACUGAAAUCACACCUGGAGAACACAGAACAUGAAACUCGCAGUUCUCUGGAUGAAAUUGCUCAAUACAAGUCUCAGAUUUUGAUUCUGGAGGCGUCGCUUGAGAAAAUUAGGAAAGAGAAUGCUAGUUUAAGAGAAGAAGUCAGACAAGAUAAGUCAGAAAUUUUAGAUUUGAAAGCUUCGCUCGAAGUUAAAAGGAAAGAGAACGAGUGGGCAAUUGAAGAAAUUGAAAGAUACAAAUCCCGGUCGGAGACCUUGAGAGAGUCGCUUGAUAAUGUGAAGAAAGAAAACAAUGACAAUUUGAAGGAAAUUGACGACUACAAACAACAAAUUUCUGAUCUGAAGACUUCACUUGGUCGAUCAAAGAAAGAGAGCACCAAUGUAACGAAAGAGUACGAGUUGUACAAAUUUGAAAUCUCCGAUUUGCAAACUUGUCUUGAUGCUGAAAGAAAGGAGAAUCGUGCUGCAGCAGAAAAAAUUGAUAAACAUCAAUCCGAAAUCUCCAGUCUGAAAGACUCUUUGGAUAAAGCAAACAAGGAAGUUAAUGCCAAACAUUGUGAAAGUGAACGCUACAAGAGUCAGAUUUCAGACCUGCAAGCUUCGCUUGAAACAGAACGUGAAGAAAAUCUGGCAGCCAGGAGACAUAUUGUGGAAAAUGAAUCCGAGAUUUGUGAUCUAAAUAGUUCUCUGCAACAGGCCAAGAAAGACAAGGAAACAAUGGUGAAAGAUAACCAACGAUGCAAGUUCCAAAUCUCUGAUCUACAAGUUAUCCUUGAAGACGUAAGAAAAGAAAAUCUCGCCUCAGCGGAGAAAAUUACGAGGUAUGAAUCUGAACUUUUUGACUUGAAGAAUUCUUUCGAAAAGGCAAAAGAAAAAACCAGCCCCAACGAUGACGAAAUCGAAAGUUAUAAGACUCAGAUCUCAGAUUUGCAAGCUACAAUCGAAGAUGCAAGGAGCAAUAAAGAAAGAUGUCAAAAUGAACUUCAGAAUGAAAUAAAAAAGUGCGACGAGAAAGAACAGGAGCAUAAAAUGAAGGAAGCAGAAACGCGACUUGAGAUGGAACGACUGAAAACUAGUAACUCCAAACUCCAAAUUACGAUCAACAAUUUGAAAGCUCAGCUCAUGGAAGCCGACAAAAAGGUGAAAGCCUUGGAAGAUCAGGUAGAAGAAGACAACAAAACCAUUGCACAACUUAUGGAGGAGCAAUUAGGAGUUAGUCGAUUACAGGAACAAGUUAAAGUUUUAGAAACAAAACUCGGUGUAAGGGAUAAGAACUUGGAACAUAAAGUGGAGGAAAUCAUAGAGAAAAAUAAACUUAUUGAGCACUUACAGUUAGAGAAAGACAAACUCGAGCGAUCAUUCGCAGACGAUUCACUGAAACGCGUAGAAGAUCCUUUAUAUUUUGACUCUGUUGAUGGAGAAAUCAUAAGCGAAACAGCUGCAGCUCAAAGUUUAUCUCAGAGUCCUCCGAUAGAUGGCACAAAUGUUGAAGACAUCGAGGAGAUAGGAAACGAUGUCGUAGAAGUCAAGGAACAAUUACAAACUCUCCAAGUCGAGCUGGACGAAAUUCAGAAGGAAAAAGGAUAUUUAGAAGAAACUGUGCGGCGACUUCAGAACGAAAAGAUCAAUCAAGAAAAGGAAUUAGAAUUACUAAGGAGACAGGUCCAAAUUCUCGAGGAUAGCGUAAAGGACACAGAGAAAACACUGGAAAAGAAUGCACAAAAGAUGUUAGAGAAAGAAAACGAACUGCUUGAACUCAUCAACGAAAAAGUAGUGAAGACGAGUCAGAUUGAGAGUCUAAAAGCAAGCUUAACUGCGGCGCUUCGCGAAAGAGAUUCCGCACUGACAGCCAAAGACGACUCCAUCGAGAAGCUGCAAAAAGAAAACAGGACACUGCAAGGCCAAGUCGAGCAGCUUAGAAUGGAAGUUCAGAAACAAGCCGUCAACUGGCAACAGAAAGCGAAAAUGGAAGCUGAGUAUCACGGUAUUGCUGACAAGCUGAAAGAAGCAGAGCUGAAGUAUCUGCUCACCAAAGAAGAGAAGGAAAAGGUUGAAAAAGAUUUGAAGAAUACCACCGAACGAAUGAUCAUGCUGCAAAAAGGACUCAGCGAUGCGCAAGCCUCGGUUAAAAUGAAAGAAGAGAAGAUUAAACAGCUGACGGCUGAGAAUUAUGAUUUGCGAUCACAGAUUAGGGAUAAAGACGAGAGCAUUCAUCGAGAGGAGAAACUGCGCAUGGAAAACAUGAAGUCUUUAGACACGCUGAAGAUAAGGUUGGAGAAGAUGGAAGGAGACGAUAAGAAGCAACGAGAAAGAUUGUUCAGUUUGAAAUCAGCGUGCUCAGAGGCGAACGAAGCGUAUGAGAUCGUCAAGAAACAAAACUACGGGAUGAAGCGUGAGAUCGAAGAAGUGAAGAAAAAACUGAACGAAAAAGAUUCCGCUCUAGAAGUUUCUGAGAAGGAAAAAGAAAAAAUGGAGGAGCAGAUUUUAAACGCGUCAAGAACUAUAGACGACCUGCGCAAAAGUUUCCGAGGAGAUGAAAGCAUUUCUCCGGAUUCUGCUCUAGGAGUUUCUUUAACAUCUGCUUUUGAGUUCAGCUCUGGCCCAAGCAGCCCCAACUCUGUUGCCUCAGAUAAUGCAUUCUCCGGUGAUGGUUUCGGCCAGGAAACUGGACUUCUAUGCAAGAUGCCGACCAUGAUCGAAAGUUUCCGUGCGGUUGUUCGAGAUAACGAAGUAUUGCGUGGAAAAUUGUGCGAAUUCACUGUCCUAAAGGAGAAACAGGAGAGCCAAUUGAAGCAUUUAUCGCAGAUGAAUGAAAUUCUGCAAAACGACGCUGGCAUAAAGGAGAAAAGUCUCAUUGGUCUCGAAGACAAAGUCAAGUCGUUGGAGGCCGAAACUCGAGAAGCUAAAAAUAAAGCUGUCGAGCUCGAGCGCAGUUUUGCCGUGGUAUCGACGCAGGCGGACCUCUUGAAAACAACUCUUGAGAAUCGCGAGAGGGAUUUUGCAGAGUUACACGAGAAAAUUGACCUACAGGAAGAGAAAGAAAAAACCUUGGAAUUGUACUCCAAAUCUGUGGCAGAGAAGUUUGAGCAUGAAAGCAGUGAGAAAAAGAAAUACGAGGAACUUUCUCGACAGCUGCUGGAUGAAAGUACCCGUCAGAAAAACCGGUUUCAAAUCAUAGAAGAAAAGCUUUCUGCUUUGUCAAACGAUCAUGCUGAUAUUUUCCUUUCCGCGCCAAGUGGUGUUUCUAUGGCAACGACAGCUGAAGACAAAGUGGAUGUGCUGUUGAAGAAGAAGAGAGAUUUGGAGACGUUAGUGAGUAGCCUGCAGGCUGAGUGCGCUGAUUUACAACUGGCGAACGGCGAACUGCAAAAGGAUUUAACACAAUACCAGGAAUCUGAAAAACGGUGGCAAGAACUCGAAGGCGAACUUAGAGCUUCGCGCAUUCGUGACGAGCUAUCCAAUGCUAAAGUCAAUAAGCUUGGAGAACAAAAGAGGUCUUUGGAAAAUGAAAACAAAGCCAUGGAAAAGGAUUUGGCCGAGGCGAGGAAGAAUGAAGAAAACUUGAAGAUCAAAGUUGACACCAUGAAAAAGAUCAAUUCGGAUCUAGAAAACGCCAAUGGAAAUUUCCAAGCGGAAAACGAAAGUUUGAAAGACGAUUUACGGCGAGCAGAUGAAGAAAGUUCAAAACUGGCAAACGAGCUGAAGUCGUUUGAAGUAAAAAUGGCUGAGAUUGAGAUAACAAAUGAUGCAUUCCAGGUCGAAAACGAGAAGCUACGGAAAGAUAUCAUGGCGUUAACUGAGGCAAAGUGUGGGGUGGAGUUGACGAUUUCUGAAGCUGAAAGACAGAUAAAGAAACUCAAAGAGUCCGCCGACAAGGAGAAAACAGACAGGGAAGCUAUGCAAACAGUGAAGAACGAAACUUUGAAGCAUUGUGAAGAACUGCAAGAUGAAUUGAACAAAGCGAAAAACCAUAUCACAGCAAUAGAGGGGAAGCAGAAAGAAGUUGAAAAAUCAAUGGAAGAAAUGGAAAAGAGCAAGAUCGCUUCAUCCUCGGAGAUAAGAGGGCUUUCCGACGAACUACAGUUAGUCAAGAGAGACUUGUCGGAAAUGGAAGAACGGUACAAGAAAUCAGUUCAAGAGGAAGAAAAUCUGCAGCAGAAAUUAAACCUGGCUAACUUAGAUAUGGCUAAGCUGACAACUGCGCACCAAGGAAGUCUAAAGAGAAAUGAAGCGAUGGAAAAGAGCCUCCUCGAGUCGAAAGGUAAAAAUGAAGAGUUGGAUAUAUUGCUGGAAAAAACCCGUUUAGAGAAAGCGAGUGUACUCAGAGAUUGCAGCGUGAAAGAAGAAGUCAUCCAAGAGCUGCAAGCAAAGAAACAAGAACUUGAAGAUGAAAGGCAGAGUCUAACAAACGACUUGUUCGUUGCCACAAGAAAGGUGUUAGCGCAGCAACAGAAUGCAGAGAGCUUAAUCAAUGAGAUUAAGCAACAGAACCGCGAGAUGAAAGGAACCAUCAGAAAUGCUCUUAACAAAGAAGGAAGAGUCGCAGAGAAAGAAAAUUUCAGUCAAGCAGAAAGCGAAACUAGUGUUUCAGACAAUGAGGCUCUAAUGCAGAAUUUGCGCCAAAGUAUCCGAGCUACAGAACGAAAUCUUGAUUUCUUCCGCGCGGAGGCCAAAGUAACCGAACACGAGACGAAGAGCUAUCAGCGAGACGUCGAUUUUAUCAACAAGGAGUUCGCUUUACUUCGAAAUCAGCUGUCCUUGUUUUCAACUACUUCUCAAAAGUUAUGCGAAGAGAUGAAAAAGCUCAAAGAAGAUCUGGCUCAGAAGGAAUCUUUGUUGGAAGAAAAGAAAGAACAGCACGACCACUUGAAAGAGGAAAAUCUGGAGAAUUGCGAAUCUAUAAUUCAACUACAGAACAAGUGCAGCGAGCUGGAGUCACUUUUUGGUGAAUACGAGAACAAAGCAGAAAAACAACACACGGAGCUGAUGCGCGCGAACCAACAGCUAUCAACACUGGAUUCAAAUCUAACAAGAACUGAACAAAAAAAGACAGCUCUGGAGAAAGAACUACUGGUCUGUCACGAGAAAAUCUCGCAUCUAGAAGCAAGUGCAAGAGCAAUGAAAGAGGAAGCUCGGAACGACAAAAAGAAGAUUGCCUCGCUAGAGGCAGAAUACAGCGAGAAGCAGACACUCAGUCGCGAGUUGGAGAAUACGGAAGCAAGUUUACGAGAACUCAGGAGCAAGUUAGAGGAUGUCUUGAAAGAGAAAGAAGAGGCCAAAACUGAGUUGUGUACAAUGAGAGAGGAGCUACGACAGGAUCAAUCCGAAUUAAAGAACACCCGUAAGGAGCUUGACAGUAUGAAAAAACAGAUGAAUUCGGAGAGGGACAUACGGCAAAAAGUGGAGCUGGACCUCAGUGAAAACACUGCGGUAUGCAAGACGUAUAGGAACAAUCUACAAGAUUUAGAACGUUCGAUUAGCAGACUGCAAGAGGAGAACUCGGACCUGGAGGAAAAAGUCAGUAUUUUAGAGACAACGGGAAACGCACUGAGAAAAGAGACGGAGCUACAGGCCAUUGAGAUGAAGAGACUUGAGGAAGAACUGGCGGAUAAGAAUGAUCAGUAUACGAGUCUUUACAAAAACCAUGAAGGAAGCGAGAAAGAGAGAAAGAAGUUAAUGAAUGAGAUGAUUGCCGCAGACGAGAAGAUUUCGAAGCUACAGGGAGCUUGUGAUGAGCUCCUGAAGGAGAAAGAAACGAGUUCCAGUAAAGUUAUGUCCCUUAAUGAGGCUUUAGAAGUCAUAAUCUCAAGCAACGAAGAAACUGCAGCCAGUUUGAAGAAUGAUUUGCUGCUAACGAAGAAGGAGCUUUCCGUGGCCACAAGUGCGCUGGACCGGCGACAAAAACAAUUGGAAGAGCUACAAGAAGAAUUGAAAAAGGACGAAAGCAAGAUCAAGUCGCUGGAAGAGAAGAAGCAGGAAGUAUUUGAGAAGUAUUGGGCUAAUCAAAACGAGCUAACGGAAGCCGAAGGAACCAUUCAAAACUUACGAGCAGAGAUCAGGGAACUAAAGGAGCAGAUUGCAUCAAGUGCGCAGAGGAACCAACACCUUCAAGAAACACUGCAAUCUGAAAGAGAAACAAACGAGAAAGAGGUAUCAGCAUGGAGCGAUCAGAUGACCAAGUUGAAAACACUGCAUCAGAAGGUAGUCGGAGAGCGUGGAAAUUUCAAGCAAGAGUUAGAGAUCACUCAGACAGCGUUAGCAAAGAUGGAAAACGACCUAAAACAAACAAAUGACGUUCUAAGCGAAAAAGAGAAAGUUUUUGAGAAAGACAUUACCAAACGCAAUCAAGAGUUGGAAGAUUUGUCAAUGCAAAACGCAAACUUGAAGAACGAGCUGACGAAGACCACAGAUGCGCUGGAAAAAACGCGCGCAGAAAGCGAUGAUCUGAAAGAGCGCUUGGAUAUCAAUUUAGAGAAGGUAGAGUGGUUGGAGAAGGAGCUCAAGGAACGAAAUACGGACGUAGAAGAUCUCUUGGCCGAAGCGCACGCAAAGCUUAACGUUGUACGCAAGAUGAAGGCUACGAACAGCGGCGAAUAUUUCGCAGAGCUGCCGUCAUCGGAAUUCAUGGCUAAAGAAGACGAGGAAGGGGUUGACGGGGGUGAUGCUCGCCCAGUUACACCAAUGAAUACAUCAAUGAAAGAUGUUGUGACCUCUCUCCAUGAAGCGUGCCUCUCGUCUUUUAACGACAACAGAGGACUUCAACAAGUGUUGGCUGAAAAAUCAGACGAAAUUGCUCGUCUGGACGAAGGUCUUCAAAAGGAGAAGAAUAACGCAGCUGAGAUGAAAAGAUACCUCCAUGAUUUGGAGAAGAAAAAAGGAAAAUUGGAAGAUGAUGUUAAAAGAUUGCGAAGACGUCUUGAAGCACUGAAACUCAAAUGCGUGGAAAUGGAAAAGGAGAAGGAUAAUGAAAUCACUGACUCUAAAGGAGAAAAGAUCGUACUGGAGAAGGAGCUGUGGGAUACGAAAGAGGCAUUAGAACAAACAAAGGCGCAGUUGAAAACCUCAGAAGAAGACAAGGAGAGAUAUUACAAGGAUCUAGAAGCCUCGCGAAGGCAGAUUGUUGAUGCUAAGAACGAAAUCAAAGGAAGUCAACAACAACUUGACACACUUCAGGAAAACAUUUUGCAGUUAAAGCGAAGGACAUUUGAGCUGGAGGCAAACGAUAAAGCGCAAGAGCAAGUGAUUCAAGAAAAAGAUAAAGAGCUUUGCAUAAAUCAAUCGAAGAUCCAAGAACUGGAAGAGAUGUAUGACAAUACCAAUGAGAAGAAAACGGAACUCUAUGCGAAGCUUGCAAGAGCGGACGAACGGAUGGCCACGUUAGAGGAGGACUGCAAGGAAAAUAGACUGGAGAAAGCCAGCCUCGAAAAUCAAAUUGCAGACUUGAAAAACAACGUUGAUGACAAAACUUCGAUGUUAGAGAAAAUGAAGGAUGAUUUACAACAUUCGCGCGAGAAAUGCGAAGAACUUGAGAUCCAGAGUGGAAGUCUUCAAGCAACUAACGAGAUCUUGAAGCAACAACUAGACACCACGAAAAGAGAUUGUGCUCAAUACCAAGCCCUGCUUCAUAAGGAGAAAGAACUUAGCAACGCUUUCAACGGCCAACUUCGCGAGGUCAAAUGCGAAAAGGAGAGUCUCGAUCGCGAAUUAAAAGGGGUCAUUGAACAGAAGGACCAUAUAAAACAUUUGCUGAAUAGAUCAGAAGAACAACUGACAGCUGCGGAGCAAAAAUCCGUCAAUUCCUUCCACGAGGUUGAGAACCUCAAACGACAGAUGGUGAAGAUCCAGAGUGGUGCAUGCGCUGACUCGGCGCGGAAACAACUGGAGCUUGGUAAGCUGAAAGCUGAGUCAGAGUCGCUGAAGAAAGAGCUGAAAGAAAAAGAAAAAGAAUACAACGAUAACGUCACCAAGUUCAAAGUGACAGAAAAAGAAAACGAAUUCCUAAAGAAAGAUCUGAUGCAGAAACACAACCGGGAAUCGGAGUUGAAGCUGGAUCUAACAUCCACUAACAGCAAACUUCAGAGCUAUGUCAUCGAGAGAGAAUGCUGGGAGAGAGAAGUCAAGUCUGUAAUUAGUGAAAUGGAACAGCAGAAGAACGCCAGUCUGUCAAAGGAGGAAAGGCUUGAACGACUGCGCACGCGCUACGAGAAUGAAGUCAAGGUUUUACAAGAUCGCGUUGAGGCCCUGGAGCGAGAAGUUCGCAUUAUCCAGGAGGCCAGUGAACAACAACGACACGCGGAUGAAAUAGCAGCCAAGCUUGCAAUUGAGUCCAAAGACAUGGAGAUUGACAACCUGAAGCUUCGUCUCCAGGCAACUAGGAUGCAUACCAGCGAAAAAAGCGACGUGUUGGAGAUCAUGAAAGACCAGCUGGACGAGAGAACAAGGCAGAUUGCGGAUCUAAUGGAGCAAUUACGGAUGUUGAAAGAGAGUUAUCAUCUUGAACUGGGGAGCUUACACGCAGACCUUAAGUGCGCUCAGAUGGAGAACAUGCUUCAGAAAAGAGGAGAGCUGGAAAACACCUCAGGAUCACGGCAGGAAGCUGAGCUUCUGGAGGCCAUUAAGCAGAGCAGAAAGGAAUCGGAGAGAUUGAGAAGUCUUCUGAAAGGCAAGAUGAAAGAAAUGAAAUCACUGAGAAAACAUAUCCUCACCGAGCGAGUAAGUGGAGGGAGAAAACCCGGGUAUACAAUGUAUUAGAGACCUUGUUGACUCUCGCGUAAGAACUUUGCAAAGCUAUACAUUAUAUGUGAAGAACAUUUAUGUCAUAAUACAAUGAGUGAAUAUCACUAGCUGAGUUUUUUUGCGUUCGCAAAACGAUCCAAAAUGUUUUUUUGUUUUGAGACGGCAAAUAGUUUGUUUGUACCAUGAAAAUCAUAUAUUUAUCGUGUGUGGACAAAGGCAAAGUUGCAUAAAUUACGUUUAACGAAUAGUUUAUCGAAGGUUUAUAGAGUAACUAUGACUUCCAGAGAUUAAGAAGAUGAUUUCCUCAUAAAGAGCCUUUAAUAUAUUGAACUGAAACAGUAUUUUUUUAACGUUUCGAACAAUCGCCAUUUCAAAAACAUACUGUUUGGAAUCAGAUGAGGUAUAAUGUGCGUCAGUUCCAAUGCAUGAAAGGAUUUUUCUUUUAAGGAAAAAGUUUUAAUAUUUUAACGUACUUACACGAAUGGAUUUCCGAUAAAAGCAGUUUCUUGUAAAUAAUCUAGGGUAUGCGUUGAUUUUCAAUAAAGUUAUCUUAAAGGA